AUGGCGAGCUUGAAGUCAAUCGAUCUGAGAUCUUUCUUUCAAAGACACCAAGGAUGCUGCAUGGUUCUUAUUGCAUUUGUGGAGCUUUUUAUCGUCCUCGGAUCCAUCUUGAGUUACAACAUUCUCUUUGCCCGUUUCCAAGAGGAAUUUGGCUCUGGAGCUGCCAUUACAGGCUGGGUAGGGUCCCUCGCUAGCACGUUGCUCUUCUGCAAUCCAAUCUCGCCCCUGCUCAUCCAGCGAUAUGGCCCCAGGGCGGUGACACUUCUCGGCGCGGUGGUGUUCACCGGUGGACUCGUGGCUACUUCAUUCGUACCCGGGCUGCCCUACGCUAUCGUCACGUACGGUGUUCUCGUCGGCGUCGGGGGAAACUUCAUCGUGCAGUCGGUUGUGCUGGUCGUGUUCAACUGGUUCCCGGGAAAGAAUUGUUCUCGUGCUAUGUCAGUGGCUCUUUUGGGACCUCCUUUUGCUUCCUUAACUUUUGCCCCACUUUUCAUCUGGCUCAUUGAGGACUACGGUUGGCGCAUCUGUCUCAGGACAGUGGGCGGAGGGAGUUUCGUGUUGAGCGUCUUUCACGCAGCGUUCAUCGUGACUCCGAUUAAGGUCAAAGUUCAGGCGCUAGCAGCGACGCGCGUUAAGUGCAAACAUCGUCACGACGGUGCGUUGACGUCGCAAGAUGGCGCCUCAAAUAUUGACUUAGGAAAUGGCGAGAGCGACGAACUUGCCUGCAAGAACUUACCUCGCAAGAAGGGCAAAGUUUUACUUCAAGCUGACACAUGGAUGUGGCUGUUUGGUUUCUUGCUGGGCAACAUCGGGUGGACAUUUAUCGCCAUGAAUUAUGCCAGUUUUAUGGAACACGACCUUCAUUUCACAACUAACCAGAUUACGGUGGCGUUAGUUCUGGCUUCGACUGGAGAGAUCGAGGGGAAAGUUUUGUUCUCCAUCUUCGGUGGUCGGUUGCCGUGUCUCAAGCUGUACGUUGUAGUUGGGACGUUGUUGCUCGGUGGUCUGGUGUCCGGUCUGAUGGUCGUUCUCCGGACGGUUCCGCUCGUCUACGUGAUCUCGUUCAUCGUGGGACCGAUCAGGGGAGUAUCAUAUGUAUCUCCCUGCCCAGCUACAAUGGAGCUUUUUGGAGACCACGGUUCUGAUGUCGUCACCCUAUUGUUCAUGAUUCCCAAUGGCUUCGGGUUUUUCUUCGGCAGUUUGCUAACAGGUGGCCUGUACGACUUGACGGGAGACUACACAAUGAGUCUGAUCGUCACAUCGGCCAUGUUCGUGUGUGCCGCCCUCGGCAUUCUGGCCAUACCCAUUUGGAGACGGUGGCAGUCAGGAACAGGCACAGAGCUUUUGUGUCGCUCCUCGACAGCCGGUGAGAAGAUUCCCCAGGAAAAUACCGUCUUCGAAGUCUCCACGCAGACGACAAUGUAG